AAACUCCAAACUUUAUUUUAGGUUAUGUCUGCUUGUUGAUUGUCGGCUCCUUUCACCCGGUGUUAGUGAAUUCUAACUUUUAAAUACACUUAUUAAUUAUAACUUUUGAUUGAAAUAAAAAUCAAGUAUAUCUAACAAAAAUGAGUCUUAGACUAAAAAAGGAAGUGCAGAAAUUAUCUACUAACCCACCACCGGGAAUAUCAUGUUGUACAAAAAACGAUAACCUCAAUAACUUGGAAGCUAGCAUUGUUGGAGCGAAUGGUAGUCCAUAUGAGAAGGGAGUUUUCCAACUUGAGCUCAUAGUAACUGAAAAGUAUCCGUUUGAGCCACCUCGUAUCAAGUUUGUGACCCCGAUCUACCAUCCAAAUGUGGAUGCGGCGGGUCGUAUCUGCCUGGAUGUACUGAAAAUGCCACCCAACGGAGGAUGGAAACCCACCGCCACCAUUGAAGGACUGCUCAUUGCCAUUCAGUCGCUGAUCGAAACUCCCAAUCCGGAUGAUCCACUCAUGCCCGAUAUUGCACAGGAAUUCAAAUAUGACAAGACCUCGUUUCAUAGUAAAGCUGAGGAGUGGACUCUCAAGCAUGCCGUACAAACUCUAUCAGUGUUAACGGAGAAACCAGACAAUGAGAAGAAAAGUGCUAAGAGGAAGAGCUCCGAGUUGGAGACUAGAGACGAGAAUGAUGCGAAAAAAUUGAAAGAAAACUAAUUAAUUUUUGUAAAAAAAAUUAUAAAGUGAUAUUACACUGAGCUAGUUAUAGAGGCGCUCACUAGCGGCGUUCGUCUGAGAGUCAACACACCACAGAAUUAGAUCUAAUAUAGUUAUUACUUUGAAAUGUAAUAAUUAUGUCCUUUGAGGUGAUUAUUUUUUUUUAAAACUAGACUAAAAUAGAAUUAAAUCUAAAAUAUUUAUUAUUUUGAAAUGUAACAAUUCAAAAGAAUUAACUAUUUCACCAGCCUGUUCUGUGUCAAGGUUCACGUUUAUGGCCCAGUUGCACAGAAGCCUGUUAAUUUUUAACCGUGAUGAAAUGCUACAAGAACCAAAAGCCUUCUUUUUAAAAAACCCUUCUCUGAUUAGUUUUUGUUGCAUUUAAUCAUUAUAACAGGUAUUUGUGUAAUCAGGCCUAAAUAAUGAAUCAAAAAUUGUUUUUAUUCACACAUUUACAGUUGAUUCAAUUUCUUCCAUUCAAUUUUUUUACUGUUGAUUGACCGAGCGAAGUGAGGUCCAAGAUUCAAGUCGACGGUUUGGCAUUUCUCUUAAUGUUUAAAUGUUGCUCAUUUACGGCGAAAUGC